CAUCGUGCGAUAAUGUUGUCGAGCUUCGCUUAAAAUGUUUAACAAUUUUUUUAUUUGUUGCCUUCUUGGACUUAUUUUCACUGAAGUUUUGUGCUUCGAGGAAGAAACCAGACUUAGCCGAGAGGAAUUCCUUAGGCAACUGAAAAGUUAUGACCAAUCAAUUGCGAAACGCGAUGAAGAAUUAGAAAAUUUAGAUAAAGAAAUAUCGAAUCUUCCCAAUGAUUGGGAACAACAAAAGAGCAAGUUGAAAAACCUCGAAAUGCAAAUUAACGAUUUGGAGUCCGAAAUCUAUAAUUUAAACCUUGAUAUUAAAAUAAAACAAGACCAAAUUGAAACCCUUAUAGAAAAAAUAGAGGAAAAAGAAAUACAACGGCUUACAGUGGAACAAUCAGAAAAUCGAACAAGUAUAUCACGUGAGAAAUUACUAAACCAACUUGAAAGCAUUGAUUCGGAUAUAAAAAAAAAGGACGAAGAGCUUCAAGAGUUCGAUCUUGAUAUAAAGAAUUUAGGGGACCUCGGAAAUAAAAGUGAACAUUCAAGUUUAUGGGAUAUAGAAAGAGAGGAGUGUGAAAAAAUCCGUGAAGAAAAAGACGAUUGCCAACUAAAAAUGAUGAACUGGAAAUCGAAAGGAAGAAACAGGAAUCCACCCGAAAUUCUGAGUAAAUGGCACCUGGAUAUUAAAAACCUUCUUACUUCGAUAAAUAACAGAUUAAAAAAUCAAUCUCAACAUCAAAAUGUGAAGGAAAACAAAAAUACAAAUUCGAAAAACGAAACUUACGAGGAUGCACUACUUAAAUGCCAAGCUGAGAUCACUCGGGCCGAUAAUACUUUUAUUAGAGCUACUUUAGAUAUUAUGGAAAAGGAGAUUUAUCUUAGGGAGAAAGUUCAGAAUGAAAGUGCCUUCAUGAGAAAGUGGUCUAGAAAUAUAUCCCGGUUCAGGAAGAAUAUUACAGUUUCAACUGAAAACUUAACCAAUAAAUUAGUUGUUCGCAAGUUGAACCGUGAACUCAAAAAUGUAGCUACAGCCUUAGAGUAUGAAGCAAUUCAAAACUCAAACCAAAUUUUAGUAUUGAACUGGGACUUACAGAAAUGUAACAAUAGUUUCAACAAAGAUAUGGAAGAUUUCAAAAAGGGAUUCGGCAGCGACACAUACCAGCUUUCCCAAAAUUCCUCUUAUAUACCCCACUGUCAAAAAAGGGAUUCGUCCUUUUUCAUAGGCCUUGACAAUAUUCACAGGAUAACGACUAAUGGGAACUACAGUCUUUACAUUGAACUUAAAACAACAAGUGGCAUUAAAUAUUCAAUUUAUAACAACUUCAAGAUCCGUAGAUUCGAAAGUCGCUAUCAAAUAAUAUCACUAGGACGAAUUCUGGGAACGGCUGGCGAUCUCAUGAAAAAUUUAAAGGGCCGAAAAUUUUCUACUUUGCUGGCAGGUCCAACUAACGAAGAAAUAAAAUGUGCGCAACGAUUUAAAAUUGGUUGGUGGUACCCUCAGAAUUGUAUGAAAAACCCUGAAAAUAAUAUUGUAAGCAAAUUAUAUGCGCACAAUACUCAACAUGUCACGAUGGCGUUGGUGAACAAUACAUAACAUUUUAAUGUAUAAAAAAAACAUGUGCCCACCCACCGCCCAACACAUUUAAAUCUUAACACCGAACAUAAGAAAUGAAAAAAAAAUUCUUAUCAGGAGAAGGUUCUGAGUAAUGCCAUGCCUCGGCUCGACAUAAAGUUGAGGCCAGCAAAAGUCUUUGGGCCCAUUGGCAAAAGUUGACAUAUGCAAAAAUAAAGAAAAAGUGAUGGCUAAAAACGUAUAUACAAAUUAUCAGAAUUUUUUAUCUAAACGGCAACCCCGAAGGAAAGUAGGGAACUUGAUGGUGGAAUGAAAAGUUUUGAUUUAUUUUUAAGCGCAAAGUUUUUGGCCUGUCACAAAUAUUUUUGACAAGGGUUUUUCACCAGAGAGAUUUCCCCAAGAAACCUGGCGGUUAUGAAUGAA